AUGGUUACAAUGAGCCCAAGUUCAUCUGGCGUUUUGGAUGACAAAGGACGCAGCAAAGCCGAUCUUAUUAUUUGGGAUAUACGUCGCGGCAUCAGCUGUCGAGAAAUGACUUGUGCUUUUGAAUCUCUUCCUAUUUUGCGGUGGUCAUAUAAAGACGAAUAUUUUGCUUGUCUUCGUGAUUCGAAUAUUUACAUUUUCGAAACCAAGAGCUUUCAUCUUCUUGAUAAAAAUCCAAUAAAGUCUCCAUCUGGAAUAAGAGAUUAUUCUUGGUCUCCUACUGAUAACAUCAUUACCUACUGGGUUCCAGAGUCGGACAAUACUCCAGCUCGCGUUGUACUAAUUGAAAUACCUAGUCGUCAAGAGCUAUGCACAAAGAACCUAUUUUCAGUCGCAGAAAUCGGCUUGAUUUGGCAUCCACAGGGGGAUUAUUUAGCGGUUCAAGGGACUUACGUCAAUUUUGAAAUUGUGAGAAUGCGGGAGAAGCUAUAUCCUGUGGACCAAUUUGAAGUAAAAGAAGGUGUCGCAUGCUUUCAAUGGGAGCCAACCGGCAGCAGGUUCGCUUUUCUUCAAACUAGUUCAACAAACAAGUUUUCGAUCGCUAUUUAUGAUUGCAAUAAGAGUGGAAAAGUUGCUGGUGUAGCCAUGCUUGAGCGCGCAUCAACCAGAAUAAAUGAGCUGCGCUGGUCGCCUAAGGGGAAUAUCUUGGUUGUCGCCACCUUAAAGAGACUCACGACUGAUUCACCUGGCACUUGA